AUGGACCGCCUACCUGCACACUUCCGACAAGAGCCUUCUCGUUGGAAGGAUAUCAGCAGUUUCAUGAGUAAACGUCCGAAUAAUGAUGCCAAUACCCACUACAAAGCCUUUGGAGGCUUUUUGCAUCUGAUCCACGAUACAUCAGAGGCUGGAUACUAUGAGAAGACAAUCGCUCUUGAGCUCCUCAACACGAUUACGCUGCCAGACUUCCAAGUUCGAUCUCGUUUGAUGAGACAGGAGGCUGCCGUACGAGCUGCUGAGCAUGCGAUGCCGAAUCCAGUGUAUUUUAUUACAUGGAAGGCUGUUCUUGAUUUCAUCUCGGAAGGGUUGUUCAAGUUCGAGACCCUAGAGUUAAACAACAGCGAGUUCAAGGCUGUUGGGGUGGAUAUUGAGGAGAACAAGAAGCAAUCACGGAAGAACAUUCGAAUCAACAAGGCGAUUAUGGACUACUUACAGCGACAUGCAAAGUUUGAUCUUCAGAAUGGUGACUACAUGGUUUUCCUGGACGUCUCUGGGUACACUAGUACUAUUGUCUAUCUCCGCCGAUAUGAAGACAUCUAUGUCCCUGGUCUGUUGUCCCGAGUGGCCAUCAAGCUGCCAUUUAUUCGAUUACUGCCUGUUGCAGGAUGGAAAAAUAGCGUGGUAGACUACUCUCUGUGCGAGACAGGGCAGCUGAGCAAAGUCGAUGCGGAAUCCGAUGCACAGCUCACAAUUGAGUACAUGCUGCAUGAGGCGCGAGAGUUGGAGCAAAGCUACAGGCUGGCUAAAAGCCUCUCUAUGUUCUGA